AUGAUGACCCUCCGCAACUUCGUCCUCCUCGCCGUCGCCGCGACUGGCGCUCUCGCUGCCCCGAUCGACACCUCGACCAGCUUCGAGAUCAUCACCGCCUCCGGGCCCAUCACCAGGACCGUCGCUGUCUCUAGCUCCGUCCCGACGCCCGUCGUCGCGUCCGGCCCCGUCGUCGCGUCCACGCUCGGCCGCGUCGCCAACACGGAGACUCGCCCCCCAGGCCACGUCACUCCCAUCCCGGGCUCCCCCACCACGGUGGUCUCGCGCCCUCCUGGUCACGUUACACCCAUCCCGGGUAACCCGGUCACGUCGACCGCGGCGUUCGCGUCGGGCCCUAUCACCACGAGCGUGGUCUUCGAGUCCGGCCCUAUCAGCAACCCGCCGGCGGCGACGGGUUCCAUCUUGGGGCGUGACGCGGUCGCGCAGCCUGCGAAGGUUGGACCUACUCCCGAUAUCGCGGGCGGCGCGCUCAGCGGUGUCCUCGGCGGCCUGCCUGCCCUGCCUGCCCUCAGCGCUCGUCAGCUGCAGCUUCCGUCUGGGGCGUCUUCUAUCCCGCCCACGACCGCUGUUCCUAGCGUGACUCUCCCGUGCUCGUCUCACCUGGAGAGCGCGACUGCGCUCGCCGCGCGCCACAUCAUGACCGACUGGCCUCCCCGCGCGUCGGCCGCUGCGGUCCACGCCGUCUCGUCGCUCCCCUCGUCGGUGUCCCCUCUCCCCUCGGUGUCGUCCGUGCCCACUCCAGUGGUCCCUCGCGAUGUGACGGGCGUCCCCAGCGGCCUCCCGAAGGUGCCCGCUGCUGUUCCGUUGCCACCGCUGAACAGGGCUGUGGUGUCUGGCGUCCCGACGAAGCUCGAGUUCAACCAGGUUGGCCCCGUCGCGCCCUCGGCCCCCGUGUCGGAGCCGCCGAGCAUGACUACCCAGAUUCGCAUCUAA